AACAACCCGACCCCCAGAUCUGACGGUGUACACUCAGAGAGAGAAAUGGAAAUAUAAAGAGCAAUUAAGAAAUUUUCAUUCAUUCAAUCUUACAGAUUUUCUAUUGAGAUUUUUUCGUCUUCGCAUCCAAUAUUUUCGUCUCUCCCUGCGAUAAAGCAUUCAUCCAAGCCCAAGGUUCGAGCGUGAUCAGAACGGAACUGUUUUGGUGGUUAGGGUUGUAUACAUGGGGCUCGGGAACGACGACGUUGCUGUGGUUGAUGAUGGCUCCGAUGACGGUGGAGGAAAAUGUUUCGGGUCGGUGUCUUGCUCGAUUUGCCUCGAGAUUGUGGCCGAUAAUAGGGACAGAUCUUGGGCCAAGCUUCAAUGCGGACACCAAUUCCACCUCGAUUGCAUUGGUUCAGCAUUCAAUAUAAAGGGUGCGAUGCAGUGCCCUAAUUGUAGGAAGAUUGAGAAAGGCCAAUGGCUUUAUGGUAAUAGCUGCCGAUCUUUUACAGACUUUAGUAUUGAUGACUGGACCCAUGAUGAAGAUCUUUACGAUCUAAGCUACUCGGAAAUGUCAUUUGGAGUUCACUGGUGUCCAUUUGGUAGCCUAACGCGGCCUCCUUCAUCAUUUGAGGAAGGGGAUUUUCCGUCAAGUGCAUAUCAUGAUCAACUGGGACAACAUGCAAUCUUUGCUGAACAUACAGCUGUAUCAUCUGCUACUCAUCCAUGCCCCUAUGUUGCUUACUUUGGGCCAAUCCAUCCAUCAUCCUCAAAUUCCAAUGGAACUGUUUCAGAGGCUUCUAACUUGAACAAUCACUGGGGCCCAUCAGUACCUAGUGAGAUACCAGCUUCAUAUGCUUUUCCUGGCAUGGAUCUUCAUUAUCACGGUUGGGAGCACCAUUCCUCUCCCUUCCCUACUACCAGCAGUCGUAUUGCUGCAGCUGAUCAGCCUUCCAUCCUGCCUGCUACUCAAAGGUCGGCGAGGAGCAGCUCAGAUAUUCCAAGAUCAGGAUCUUUUAUGCAUCCAUUUGUCAUUGGUCACAGUUCCGGUGGUAGACAAGGGAGCUCAGUGGCGUCUUCAAUGAUUUCCCCUUACCCAGGUAGUAAUGCCCGAGCCCGUGAUAGAGUUCAAGCUCUCCAAGCAUAUUAUCAGCAACAGCCUAACAAUCCAACCACUGUGCGUACACCUAUCAUGCCUGGCACCCGAAGAUCCAGCAGCCAUAGAGGCAUGGCUCAGGUAGGGCCAGUGGCUUCGUCAUCUGAUCAAACUGGGCCCUUUUAUAUCAUUGCACCAGGUUCGUCGGGUCGGAACUUUCAAGAAGCAGAAAGCCCCCUGUCAAAUAGGUUUCAUUCGUGGGAAAGAGAUCAUUUGCCUUCAUUCUCCUUGAGCCAGGUUGACAGAGACUCAGGUUGGGGGUCAUAUCACCAGGCUGCUGGUGGGUCAGAUACAGGCAUCAGGUCCGGCAGUUUCCGCCAAAGGCAUGGAUCCGAGAGAACAUCUGGUCAAAAUCGGUGACAAACUUGACUGCUUAUCCUUUUUCGGCUGAAGCAAACUACCCACUAUGGUGAAACUGAAAAAAAAAAAAAAAAUUAUGUAUGCUUGAAGUCUGAAUGGUCUUGGCAGACGCAAAAAACGUGGCCCCAAAAACUCUUUUUUUGGCCGGUCAUAUCAUGGCGUGAUGAAAUCCUCUUAAGUUUCUUUGCCUUUGCGGAUAUGAAAUAAGAUAACAUGUUGGGUGGGUGGCAAAA